GGCAAUGGAAACUCAAAGAGAGGAAAUUUCAGUGACUCAAAACUCCGGGAGCACAGACAACGAGAUGAAAGUACUGACCGGAGGGGUUCAAAGAGAAGGAAUCGAUCCCCGAUCAAGUGUUUCAGAUGUGGAAACUGGGGGAAUCACGUGGCUGCGGAGUGCACCGUGGGAAAAAAGUCAAAGCGAGAACAACGCGGUGAAAGGGCGAAUAAACGUCACUUGCGGGCAAUACAGGAUUCGGAUGAUGAAAUCUCAACGGAAAGCAGCUACGAUUCCGAUCGCAUGGGAGAGAAAACACAACACCACGCCCACGACGGAGCAUGGUCUCUCUCCUUUGCAGAGACUUCUCCAAUAUUCACCACGGACGCUCUUACACGUCCUAAAUCCCAACACGAAGGAAGUCCCAGUGAGACACCGGAAGCUUAAGGAAGUUCCAGAAAAUGCGGGGGGAAGUGAGGGGAGAAAUGCGUCAUCGAAGAAGCCAUUUAUGAAGGGUGAUCAGGUGUUGUACUACACAGGAGAAGAAUGGAUAAAAGGAUGUGUUGUAAAGAGAAUUUCAAAAGUCGUGUAUACGAUAAAUGUGGACGGUGCUACGAUCAAGUGCCAUCGGGAUCAGUUGAAGAAAUAUCAUCGACGCUGGAUUAUUCCCGAUGUUCCUGAUAGGAAUGAUGAAGUCAAUGAGAAUACUUCGGAACAUUCCAGUGAAGACGAUGUUUUCUACAGCCCAAUGAAAUCUACCCCUGAGGUACCUCUACCGCGACGAAGCGCAAGGCUCCGCGAUAAACCAAGAAUAAACUAUAAAGAAUGAAAUAUUUUGUCAAAAUGAAUUAAACCCUAAAAGGGGAGAAAAUGUAACAUACUUG